AAUUGUGUUGCGUUUUAUCAAAACUAAAGAGGCGAACAAACGUGUGAUCUGCAGGGAGAGAAAGUAGAGAGGGACCUCUGAUCGUCGUCUUCGGCCUCUCUUACGCCUCUCCUCAUCGUUUCGAGCCAUCAACGACCUCUUCUAGGGUUUCGACUCGCUCGUUUUCUUUCUAUUGUCAGACGAUCGACAACCUCAUCAAGUCAUGUUCAAGUCUUUCUGGGGUUCUCAGGAGCAACAAACUCAGCCACAACCUCAGGAGAUUCCUACUCAGUCAUGGUACCCCCCAUCUGUUGUUAGCUCACCAAGUUCUUCCCGCCCUGCAACACCUAGUAGUAGUUCUUCUGGCAGCUUCAAUCUACAAAGGCCUGCAGAUCGGCCUCAUUCCCCAUCACAUGUUUCGCCUACGGAGGCUGCAGGCAUCAUUGCCCUACUAAAGGACAAGAGUGUUGAUGAGUUAAGAAAGCUUUUGUCUGAUAAGGAUGCAUACAACCAAUUCGUACUUUCGCUUGAGCCGGUCAAAAUACAAACAAAUCUAAGAGAUGAACUUCGAAAGGAAACUCUCCAGCUGACCAGGGAGAAUUUGGAAAAGGAACCCCGCAUCAUGGAACUGAGGAAUCAGUGCAGAAUCAUUCGGACAACUGAAUUGGCUGCUGCUCAGGAAAAGUUAAAUGAGCUGGAAAGGCAGAAAGAGGAGACCUUGAAGUUCUACUCACCUGCAUCUCUCCUCCGUAGGCUUCAAGAGGCAAUGAAUGAGACGGAGGAGGAAUCUGAAACCCUGCACAGACAGCUUCUUGAUAGAGAAAUUGAUCUUGGUGCAUUUGUACAGAAGUACAAGAAGCUCCGCUACACUUACCAUAAACGUGCGCUCACCCAUCUUGCAGCCAAGACAUCUCUUAACUGAGCAAAGUAUCAUGGAUGGACAUGUGAAUACUGAAACGGAAACUUAUUCCAGUGUGUAAAUUAUCAAAUUGGGAAAUUUGUAUUGCAACUAGAGGUUAGACAUGUCGUUUGGGCACCUCUUGCUGGCUUGUUUUCUUUAUGGCCCCCUUGGGUGCUAAUUUACGAAGAUACUGGAUGUACUGAAUUUGGCAUUGUAAUGUAUUUAUUAUGGUGUGGGGAUGCAAAUUUUUUUUCAAACAGAACAAUUAUGUUUUGCUGAUUGUUCAGGUUCUUCAUGCAUGUAAGAUUGCUUUAAUACAAGGAUGAAGAUUUAGUUGUCA